CAAACUCACACUUCAUAUGAUUUGUUUUCUUUUGGUAGUAUAUACGCCAUAGGGGACUGUAUUCCUGGACCUAUGCUGGCUCACAAAGCUGAAGACGAAGGUAUAGUGUGUGUAGAAGGAAUCGCAAGUGGUCCAGUGCAUAUAGACUACAACUGUGUACCGUCAGUGAUUUACACACAUCCGGAAGUGGCUUGGGUGGGUAAAUCAGAAGAGGAGCUUAAAGAAAAGGGAGUUGAUGUCAAAGUAGGAAAGUUUCCCUUCCUUGCCAACAGUCGAGCUAAAACCAUUGCCGAUACUGAUGGCUUAGUGAAGAUUAUUGGAGACAAAGUUACUGACCGGAUACUAGGAGCACAUAUCAUUGGUGCAGGUGCAGGAGAAAUGAUUAAUGAGGCAGCCUUAGCAAUGGAAUAUGGAGCUUCUUGUGAAGACGUGGCUCGUGUUUGUCAUGCUCAUCCGACUGUUUCCGAAGCUUUCCGAGAGGCCAACCUAGCUGCUUACUUUGGAAAGGCUAUCAACUUUUAAUUGUAACUUACCAUUGAAUGUACAGGAUGUGUAGUUGUACAAAACUAGUCUUAAUGGGGAAGUGUUCACUGAUGACAGUUGAAGGAUUUUAGUAGUUCAGAAAUAAUAAACAUGUUCUUUGUAAGGUU